AUGGCGCAAAUCAUGGACAAUGGAGAUGUCUCAGAGGCAUUCGCAGUGGUCAACGGAUUGAAGCAGGACUGCGUUUUUGCUCCCACCCUCUCCAGUCUCAUGCGCUCUGCCAUGCUGAUUGACGCCUACCAUACCGAACGCUCUGGCAACCGGAUCGCCUACAGGACGGACAGUCAACUCCUUAACCACCGGCGGAUGCAAUUCCAGUCCUGUGCAUUCACAACUACCGUCCUUGAACUUAUCUUCGCCUACGACUGCGCUCUCCGAAGGGACAUGGAAAGGGGCAUGGGCCUCUUUGCCGGCGUCUGGGACAUUUUCGGCCACGAAUAA